CUUUUUUUUUCUUUCUUUUUUCUUUUUAUUUAAUCUGUUAGUUACUUACACUACAGAUGAAAAACCUGAAUUCGUCUUCACAGUGAAACGGAAACAGGAAAAAGAAUCAAUAAUUAUAAUCCAUCGAUACAUGUAUUGUUUUCGAUUAUUGAGGAAGAAGAAGCAAAACCUUUUGUCAACAUCUUUCUUUGUUGCACUAAGCAAACACCAAACACUAACUUUCGCCACCACAACUCACCAACAUGUUUUGUCACAUACCCAUCAACGCGAAAUUAACUACGUCAUUGCCUCGAACAAGCUCAUCACAAGCUACGUUCGAGGCGGUGACAUAGAUUCUGCUUUUCGUGUGUUUGAGAACAUGAAAGUGAAGUCCACUGUUUCAUGGAACUCUAUGCUAUCUGCUUUUGCGAAGAAACCUGGCAACUUUGAACAUGCUUGCCAAGUGUUUGAAAAAAUUCCCCAACCAAAUACUGUUUCCUAUAAUAUAAUGUUGGCAUGUCGUUUGCACCAUUUUGGGGUAGAUAAUGCCCGUGAAUUCUUUGACAGCAUGCUCGUGAAGGAUAGUGCAUCAUGGAACACCAUGAUUUCGGGUUAUGCUCAGGUCGGACUCAUGGGUGAGGCGAGAAGGUUGUUCGUGGCCAUGCCGGAGAAAAACUGUGUUUCGUGGAGUGCAAUGGUGUCUGGAUAUGUGGGUUGUGGGGAUUUAGAUUCUGCUGUGGAAUGUUUCUACGCUGCGAAUGUGAGGAGUGUGAUUACAUGGACUGCCAUGAUUACUGGGUACUUGAAGUUUGGGAGGGUUGAAUUGGCAGAAAGAUUGUUCCGGGACAUGUCAAUGAAGACAUUGGUGACAUGGAAUGCUAUGAUUGCUGGGUACGUUGAGAAUGGUAGGGCAGAGGAUGGGUUAAAGAUUUUUAAGACAAUGUUAGAAACUGGGGUUAAGCCUAAUGCUUUGAGUUUGACUAGUGUCUUGUUGGGUUGUAGUAAUUUAUCAGCGUUGCAGCUGGGUAAACAAGUUCAUCAAUUAGUUUGUAAAUCUCCAUUGAGUAGUGAUACGACGGCAGGAACUUCGUUAAUUAGCAUGUAUUACAAGUGUGGGGAUCUAAAUGAUGCUUGGGAAUUGUUCGUUCAGAUUCCGCAGAAAGAUGUUGUAUGUUGGAAUGCAAUGAUUUCUGGCUAUGCUCAACAUGGAGCUGGUGAAAAAGCUCUUCAUUUGUUUGAUAAGAUGAAAAGUGAAGACAUGAAACCAGAUUGGAUUACUUUUGUUGCAGUAUUGUUAGCUUGUAACCAUGCAGGAUUGGUAGAUCUUGGGGUUGAAUAUUUUAAAGCAAUGGUAAGGGAUUUUAGGAUUGAAACUAAGCCAGAACACUAUGCAUGCAUGGUUGACCUUCUUGGUCGAGCUGGUAAGUUAUCUGAGGCAGUAGAUUUGAUAAAAAGUAUGCCUUUUAAGCCCCAUCCUGCAAUAUUUGGAACACUUCUCGGUGCUUGUAGGAUCCAUAAAAACUUACACCUGGCUGAGUUUGCUGCCAAGAACCUGCUGGAGCUCGAUCCAACUAGUGCAACUGGAUAUGUUCAAUUGGCUAAUGUUUAUGCAGCACAAAACAGAUGGGACCAAGUUGCUAGGAUCCGAAGAUCCAUGAAAGAAAAUAAUGUAGUGAAGAUACCUGGAUACAGUUGGAUUGAAAUAAACAGUGUGGUCCAUGAGUUUAGAUCUAGUGACAGAUUGCACCCUGAAUUGGCUUCUAUACAUGAAAAACUAAAUAAAUUGGAGAAGAAAAUGAAGUUGGCUGGUUAUGUGCCAGACCUUGAAUUUGCAUUGCAUGAUGUAGGAGAGGAGUUGAAAGAACAGCUUCUUUUAUGGCACAGUGAGAAACUGGCAAUUGCAUUUGGACUUCUAAAGGUACCACUUGGGGUUCCAAUCCUGGUGUUCAAAAACUUGAGAGUUUGUGGAGAUUGCCACUCUGCAAUCAAAUACAUCUCAGCUAUUGAAGGUAGAGAAAUCAUAGUAAGGGAUACUAUAAGAUUUCAUCAUUUCAAGGAUGGGCUCUGCUCCUGCAGAGAUUACUGGUAAGACUAAUGCUAUUGAAUUUGAAGGGUAUGCGCUAUUGUUCCAAGAGCAAGUUGUCAUGCUCCACACCUUGAAGCUGAUUUGAUUUCAAUUGUACACAGAAAGGAAUACUAUACUAGAGACUAAGAAAAGUGCCCUUAAUUGCUCUAGCAUUGCAUUAAAGUUCCAGCUGAACUAAUUGGCUAUGACGCUGGAAAUUAACUGCAAAGUCCUUUUACCCACACCUAAGUUGUUUGAUUAGCAGCCUUUUGGACAGUUUAUAAGUUCCACAGGCUCUAGACAGACUAUGACCAAGAGAAAGCAAUUGAUUGCAGUUUGUCAGGAGUCCAUAAAUAAAUGCUUACCAAAUGCUGCCCCCAGAAGGAAGAACGACUUAUUUUAAGUUCAAAAUCAAAUGGCUAUAUGGGUUGUGGAGGAGUUCAACAUUAGUCAUCUUAGUGCGUGGUCUGCACUUGCAAGUUGGGGAUGUUGGAGACAGAACCAAGCUAUGAUCUUUAUCGUCGAACCUUGAAUUGCUGAGUUGGGGUUUCUACACUACUAUGUUAGGCACUAUGCAGUCCUACCCCGAAUUGAUUUUGUAUUAAAAUUCUUUAAAUUUAGAAAAGCUAUUCACUAAUUAGAAUCUAGAAUAGGAAACAUGGCCUGAGGCACUUAAAACUUUUUUUGGCCUAUUUGCUUACUUGAAUGAAAUGGCAAUGCGAUGACACUUCUUUUUUGGGUCGGAACCACAUUAUAAUAUUUUGAAAACAUCAGCGAGCACCCUCAUUUGAGAGGUAGUGUGAUGGCAAUGCAACAACACUCUAAAAUGCUAACCUAUGAACAGUAAAUCGGAAAGAAUAAUUAAGCUUCUAAAUUAAUUUCCGAGAUUACAUAAAUCUUCUUUUAGUCUUUUAAUGUUAGAAAAAGACAUUCAAUUUAAUCCAUUUUUUAAUUAUAAAUUAACUGAAACAAUUUUUAAAAAUAUAUAUAAAGUUAAAUUUUAUUAGAAUUUAUUAAAUCUUAUAAAAUAUACCAAAAAUAAAGUAAAAUUCAAAUGGUUUACCUCGUCUAAUAUUUCCCCUCAACGCUACCUUAAAUGACGCUUGACGUUCUUUUCUAGAGCAAAAAAUAUACUCAAUAAAGAAACAAAGAGAGACAAACUGAU